AUGCCUCCUAAAGGGUACCGCAAAUCAAUGCCGGGGCGCCUCAAUAGCACCAUGUUGACACCCUCACGGCGCUCACCCCGAGUCCCGGCAAAAAUGACAAACCCGUCUACCCAACCCUCCAAAUCACUCGACUCCUCCGCCGAUUCUCCUGAUUCAUCCUUCAACAUUCGUUUUUACAACCCGAAGACUCCCACCAAGUCUUCUUCCACAAGCCCUAAACCCGGAGCUGGCUCUCCGGACUUAUCCUUGAGUCAACGUCGAACUUUCCAAGCUCGGCCUUCGAGAUUGUCUACUGUUUUCACGCCGGCCGUGGAAACCCCAACCUCAACAGGCAGUCGACGAACCCUUCGUUCAACUGCCAACCCUGUACAAAACCAAUUCUCAGACGACGACUUUGCCGAAACAGGCUGGACUCUCGAACAAUACCUUGGGCUCGGCUACGAAGAAGACAUGGCAGGCCAGACUUCACCCACCAAAUCCUCCUCUAUGGGGACCCGCACCUCAGCUCGUGUACGCAAACCUACAGAGCGAUUUCUUGAGUCUCAAAAGUCCCAGCCAAAGCCCGGGGAGAACAAUGGCAAUGCCCCUGCCGUAUCCAAGAGGCAAACCACUAAGACUAUACAAAGGAUAUCCCAGAAAAAGACCCCUGCUCCAAAGAACGCCUUCAAGGCCAGCUCCGCUCUGAAAGGAAAGCAAGUUGAGGACGCGCCCGAACUUGAACGUAUCAAGAUCAAAGAAGAAGAUGCGGCUCAGAGUCUGUAUGAGUUGGCUCGUUUUGCCUUGGGCCCUGACUUCGAAAUUCCCGAGAAUCCAAGCGAGCUUAUCGAUGAGCUUCGCGCAGCCUAUUUCAAGCGUGAGGCUGAAAUUAAGACCACUCGAGAUUUACAGGACGACCAGGAAGCCCAGGACGUACGCGAUGCAUUAGAUGCCCAACUCGACGAGUAUGAUGACUCGGACGAUGAUGUCGUGAGCCACACUAAGCCCACAAAAGCUCACAAUUCUGCCAAGCCUUCGAAACAUGUGAAGUCGGUAAAGGAUGUUGAUACUAUGGAGCCUAUCCACUCCACUGAGUCUGUACAGCCCGCCAGUGCCUCACAGGGCGUUGAGCCCGCUGAUAAGGCUAUAUUUCGAUUCAAAAAGUCCGCGGCAGCGGUCAUCGAACCUGAUGGCUGGGUCAAGACUGGCCCCCUUGGCGCUCGCCUCGCACUUAUUUUGACGAUGCUCUUCCUUAUCCGCCUGUACGCUCGCGCUCCGACCAGCAAGCUGAGGGCGACUCUGCUCUCGGCUUCCCUCCUCUGCUGGGAGACCGGAACAUUCCUCCCGGGUGCUGAACUGGACUUUCGACCAGAGAAUGUCCAGGAAGAGAAAGCGCGAGUGUCCAAGGUGUCUUCCAAGACUCCCGCAAAGCCCGUCUCAAAGCUUUCCUCCAAGACUGCUUCUACGAAACCUGUCAAGAAGUCUUCAAAAGCUAUUGCCAAGGGUGGCCCCAAAUCCGAGUCUAAGUCUUCCAAGACUGUAUCCAAGACUGCCCCAAAGUCGAUCCCAAAGUCGACCCCAAAGUCGACCUCAAAGUCUACACUGAAGUCCACGCCAAAGUCUGCUCCAAAACCCUCCACUAAGACCCCUGCAAAGGCUUCUGCAAAGACCUCGGCAAAGGCCCCUUCUUCCGCACCCGCGACAAAGGUCCAGCGCAUCACGCUCAAGCUAGGUCCCGCUCCCGAGUCGGAAAACGAGCGCACCUCGGGUAAUUCAGGCUCACCAGAUGAGAAGGUCGAGGGGGUCCCCGUCGCGAAGGGCAAGAAACGCAAGUCUGAUGUCCUCUCCGACGAAGAUGAGCCCAAGCCGAGCAUGUUGAAGAAGCGCGCAACCGAGAAGUCCACCCCCGUCAAGUCCAAGACCUUUGCCCACCUUGCUCCUACCACUGGACCCCCCACCGCCAUGACCAUUCCCACUGUUCAUGGCCGUGGAUCUUCUCAGGCCACGGCUCGUGGCUCACGAGGUUCUCGUGGCCCCCGUGGAUCUCGGGCCCCUCGCGGCUCCCCCAUCUCUCAAGGUCGUGGCCGCGGUCGUGGUUCGGCAAGUGUAACUGAAACCACUACAAUUCAUCCUGCCGAAGCUAGAGCUGCCACUACAUCUGGCUCUACAAACUCUACCCGCGGAAAACAAGGCGAAGCCCGCGUCGCCCGAGGCCCAAGUCGUGCCCGUGGUCGCGGCCGCGCGCGCGGUGGUGCUUGA